GACGCACGUGUCAAGCGGGCUUUCGCAACUUCGCGCGAGUUAUAGUGCGUGCUUUUUAUUAAAUAAUAAAAGAAAAACAAUAUUAUUAUUAGUGGAAAUAUAAUAGUGAUUUAAUAACGUGAAGUGAUAAUACCUGAGGUGUUUCUCAAAGGAUUUUUGAAGUUGAUGUGUGCGUGUGGCGCGCGAGGUGCGCCGGCGCGGCAUGGACCCCCGGCAACUGCGGCUCUUGCUAUGGAAGGACUACCUCACCAGAAAGAGGAAACUGAUAACACUCGCUGGAGUAUUAUGGGCGACGGCUGUUAUGGUCGCCAUAUACAUAGUGCGUGCCAAUGUCGAUAAUAGAAACUAUCCCACAUGUCAAUUCCCUGCGCGUGCGCUGCCCAGUGCAGGCAUGCUGCCGUUCCUACAAUCGUUCAUCUGUAGCGUCAACAACGACUGCGAGGACCUCGACAAGUUUGACGAGAUACCCACCUACGAGAAUUCCAAAUUAACUCAGCUCCAGCGUCAAUUCUCGCCACUCCUGUACAACGAGUCAGUACUGGAGGUGGCAUCAUCAGUGCCUGAUGCCUUGAAGCUGCUGGCCACACUCGCGGACGUAGUCGAUGAACCCACCUUCAUCGACAUCAGCAAAAAUGGCCUGAAAGUGCGAGAUCUGUUCAGCAACCCAGCGCGGGUGAGGAGGCACCUGUCUUCACGCCUGGGUAUCAGUAAGGACGUUGCCAGCUCGGUGAUGGAGGCAGAUCUCAGCUUCCAGGGUAUCCUAAAGGGUGGAUUAAACAGAUGCAGCGCAACUUCAAUAUCACGGACGUUGACGAUACAAAAUGAGGAUAAUUUAAAGGCUUUAGUAGACAAAUUAUGCGCAUUAAAUGACGAUGAUGUUCAGAAAAUGAUCAUGGAGAUCAUUAUGGACGUCAACUUUAAUAAGUUUAUCAAAAUGUUGGGGAACAUGUACCAGAAGCUUACAGGCGACGAGAGAGUCACGUCACUGGCCGACACAGUCACAGCCGUGCUGAGGAUGACGAGGCUGCAAAGCUUCAUUCCUGCAGAGUUGGUGGGGAUCUUUCAGGAUGAUGUGGACUUCAGCUAUUUAGACCUGGAGUUAGUACAAAAAUUUGUUGGUCUCUUCAAACCUACUUUCGGAAACACAGAAUCUUACAAGUCGAUUGAAGACUUUGCCAAUAUAAUAGUAGUGGGUGUUAAGUACAUGAACAAAUUUUUCGCAAAACCCAAUGACGAUAUGAAUGUAAUGGAGAUUGAAAACAAAAAUGGAAAAGUUGAUAAAGAUUUGACAAAAGUGAAAGAAGCUGUUAGUAAUGCAGUUGCAGUCCUACAGGAAAGUACUGUUAAUGAUGAUUCAGUUGAUAUUUUCAAAGUAUUAUCACAAGUUACCAAAUUCAUUCACAAAUGGUUACCAGACAACCUAAAGCACGACGUUUUACUCUACUCAACGUUGCUGACUAAGCUUAUCGAAGGCGCUAAUAAAGUAAUUAGUAUUAAUAUGAAUAUAGAAGAGAGGGCCUAUAAUGUGUCCCUGAGGCAUCCAGAUGGCGUGAAAGUGUUAGUUGGAUUAUCGAGUGCGAUUAUAGCUAAAGGUUUUGAGGCAUUGGCAGAUGCUGAAAGAACACAGAUAAUGACAGCAAAGAUUGCGUCGCCAGGUCAGAUGUUCUGCGACUUGAACCGCCUGCAGGGUUUCUUCAGUAUAUCAAAGGAUGACGCCUCUUUGCUGAGAAGUCAACUUUGUACUGAUGCUUGGAAGAAUUAUGUUUUAGAUUUAGUUCAGUCAUUCGGAGUUUACGAAGUUAAAGAUAAUAUAAACGCAAUGGCUUCAAUUCUCAUCCAAGAGACGUUAGGAAAAGACGUUACUGACCAACUGUACAGCAUCGACUAUGAAUUCGAAGUUCUCAAGAACUUCACUCAAAGCCUGACGAGGAUGACGUCAGACUACCAUCAGGUCGUGGAUUGGAAGAGGAUCUUCAAUAUCAGCGAGGAUUCAAAGUUCAUGAAGACUGUCAGGAGCAAAGGACAUUUGGGGAAGCAGAUGUUGAUAGUCGUCCAUGGGGCGUUAGCAAAAGAAGUGGUGAAACAAAACGCCAUCCUUUCGUACAAGAUAAGUCCAGGACUCAUUGACACCACAACAUUGGUGAUCGCACUGAACAACCAACUGGAUUCCACGUCUCAAGAUCUUGUGAAGAUGGUCAGAGAUAUGUAUCCGGGUAUACUAGAGACUUUAGUGAGGACUGCCCUUAAUGAAGACAAGACUUACAAAUCUUUGUCUACCCACAGUCAAGAGAUUAUGUGCAAUGGCUUAAACAACGCUGUGGGCUACUUGGAGCUAGCAAAUAAUGUACCAAAAGAAGUCUUAGUACAAACAAUGUGUAACAUAUCUACAGCCAUAGAAGAAGGGUUGAAACGAGAAUCAAUAUUUGGUAAAGCUAUAGCAACUAUCCGCUCAGCCAAUCAUAAGGUAUUUGAUGACGUAAAGUGGACCGUUUUGAUUGGUGGAUUAAAGGAUUUAUACGUGAAAUUGAACAGAGACUACCCAUAUUUGUUUGAAUACGAUAGCUAUGGACUAAGUGACGAAAGGAGAACAGAAGUAGGACGGAUGGUUGAAGAUGCUAAGAGGUUAUGGUUUGGACACGAAAAUUUGGGAAAAAGUUUGCAUAUAGGAUUGAAGUUCGGCUUCAGACUGCUCGAUCUGAUGGACCGAGAUAUCUUCAACAUUACCAGCGAUGGUUGGCGGAAGAUGAAAUAUAGCCUCCAUACCGUCACAGGCCCACUUACAGUGGUCGACGAUUUCAUUGAGACUGUUGCUGCCAUAUACGAAGGCAGAAGCUACAUAUCGGAUCUCCCACCAACAACGGUAUCGGCACUGGAGCAAAUUGUACCAAAUAUACCAUUACUAUUGAUAGACGUUACUAACGUCAUAAUCACUAGCGAUACGGAGCUCGACCCGAUAAUCUCUGUCCUCAACGCGGAGCCUCCCUGGCCAUGUUCCUCCACCAGUCUCUCCGAGCUGAUGCUGCUCAAUGUUGGAUCAGUAGAAGCUGUCCAGGGCUUGGAGACGAUCUGGUGCAUGGACCAGAACUUUACUGAAGAAUGGAGAGAGUAUUUGACUGACAAGAACGUCACCUUAUUUGACUUAAAGAACUGGAAUACCACAGCUUACCCAGACCACGUCUUCUUAAAGUUCUCGUCAGCUUUGGACGGUCUGAUCAAAGAUGGACACCUUCUAAAGACCAUAGCAGACGACAUAAUCAACUAUAGUAACGCCUCCAAUGACGGUACCUGGGGUGACGCUUGGGACAAAAUUCAGGCGGUCUUUAGUAGAGAAGACAGGGAUAUUGUACUUGAAAACUUCUUCACGCGGCUGGACACAGCUCUAACAGCAAUCAAUGCAACUAUUCCACCCGGCGUUACGUCCCUUCACACCCUCUGGUCCCAGUACUUGUCUUGUGCUACUAGUAACACUUCAAGUAACCACGAUUCCUGCAAAGACAUCGCUAGAGCCACUUGGAAAAAGUCCAUUCAAUUUGCCGCCGUGAUGUUCAGAAAUGUCGCCCAGGAUCUGUUGAUUUACUUUACUGAAGUCAAUGAACCCAACGCAAACGCACUCCAAUUACUGGGAUUCACAAGAAACACAGCGUUGUAUCAAAUGUACCAGAAAGUGCCGGAUCUAAUUGGUGUACUGUUGAACUCGUAUUGGGACCACGGAUUUAUGAGUCAGAUCCGUCGAGCAUCUCUCUCUCAAUUCUGGGAUUGCGAGGCAGUACUCCAGGCCACAGUUCCACCUCCUGGCAGCAGCAUAGAUGCCAUCUUCUUGCGAAGAAUACAGCCUUACGUCUGCCCUUCAUUCCUGUACUGGAUAUCCUUGCCGCGAGGAGACAAUAAGCUGCUUGAUGUCAUCUCUAAACCUCAAUAUUACUUCUACACAUUGCCAGCCGAGAACCUAACAAGUGAAUACAAAGAUGCGUACUCCACGAUCAUAGACCUAAACAAAUUACUAACGGAUGUCGCUAAUAAAAAUCAAACAUUAAUUACCGAAGAAGACAUCAAAAUGAACAGCCUUCAGCAUAAACUAGAAACACUAGUAGACACUGUAAUAAACUACAAAAUAAAUGAAACAAGUGAUUCCUAUAGAAACUUCUACGAAAUCAACAGGAAAUACUUCACAUCUUCUGUUUAUUUAACCAGAAUAGUUUCUCUAACUAACAAACUGGCUGAAACUAUAGCGAAUCUAACAAUAAGUGAUGUUAACAUUGACAAUGAGGAUUAUAGACUUGAAGUCGAACGAGAUUUGAAUAUAUUGAAAAAGACCUUUAAAAGACGACCAGUUGACAUAAUAGCGCUACAUUUUGAUGUUAUAACUGACGUAAUUUGGAGAAACGAUAACAACUACACAUUAACAGAUGCAAUGGAGUCUACGUGUGAAGAUUUAAAGAAGAACGAUACGAGUAAAGUUAUUCUUGUAGAUAACAGCAGAGUGAAACUGCAAAUUUGUGCAAAAAAGUAUAAAGAUAUAUAUAAAGCUAUAGAACGUAAUGUGAUUGAUGAUUAUCAGAAUACAAGAGGCAGUCUGAUUAACAUGAUAAGAGUGUUGCAAAACGGUGACAGCAGCAAUGUUAGUGAUAUAUUCGAAUUUAUAAACCAAAGAAUGCAGCUAGUCACUUCUCUCCAGAGGUCAAUAAUGCAUUCAUACGAACUGGGCAUCCCCAUCUACCUGAAGUACCUACGGAGCAAUCUACGUCACUAUGACGUCAUCGCCACCUUCCUCGCCGGCGGGCAGUGGUGGGGGGAGCUGCGUGCUUUGUACAACGGACCGAGGGCCAACAAGUUCUUCAAUGCCGUGGAGAACAGUUUUGAAAUUACCGAAGAUGUUUUGAAGGGCUUAGAUGGAAUUCAUCUAAUCCGCCUUCUGCGUGAUAUCAACGUGAACAACUCCGAUGCGUUCUGUCAGUACAACAUCACUCUAUCCGACUACCUCCCUGACGUCACCGGCGCACUGUCAGACCUCAAGCGAGACCUCUGCCAGGAAGACAAGACUGACUUGUUUAUGGAAAUUCCACCGCUGCUUUUUGCUUCUCAAGGCUACGACAGCAUAUUCAAGCUAUCAAGAGACAUCAACUACACAGCGUUGAACCUUGAGCUAUCCAGAACAGAAGCCAACUUGGAGCUGAUCAGCGAAGGUCCUAAAGAACCUCAACGACCUCCUUGGGUCACAGAGGACAGACUCAGGAGUCUAAGAGAGGUCGGAGUGAAGCUGUUGUCUAAGGAAACCUUGACUAGAAUGUCCUUUGGAGUGCUCAGCAACAUCGUCGAUGGUGGAACUUUGUUCUUGAAUAACAGCCAUUGCACUUUGUGCUCGGUGUUGACCAGUUGGUUGAAGCAGCUGAAUCUCCAGGUGUUCAAGAAGCAAGAGUAUGACAACUUGAUGUGCCGCAUGCGUGACAUGUCGUUGAGCGAGGUCCAUCGCGCGCUGGUGAAUGACUUCCACUGGGAUAUGGCUAUUAGGGAGCUAAUCCUGACUCGAAACUACACCAAAUACGAGCUGAACAAAUCGUUGAACGAGUUCCUAGAGCUGGUGAAACUGCACUUGUUGGAUGACAUGCUGGCGGACUCCACCAAGCUGGCUGACUGUCUGGUGCGGAACGCUACAAGGAACGACUUUGGAAAUGUUACCCUAUUCAUCACAAUCCUAUCCCACACGGCUCGCCUGCUCCGUUCCGAAGCUCCUCACCUUCACGAGGUCGAAGGAAUCACCUCGCUACCAUACUUCGUGCAAUUAGAAGCACAAGUGGCCCCAAAUUUGGAUGUCAUCGUGCCUCUGAAGAAAUACCUAAUGAGCGGAGUGGAGAACGAGUUAGAGAAGAUUGUUGGAGAAGUUGGUAAAGAGAUUCUGGGUGGAGAAGUCAAUUUAAGAGUGGUACAACAAAAUUUGACCAUAAAUGAGUAUGUGACUCUUCGACAUCGUAACUGGGAUGAUGUUUGUAACACGACCAACUGCAAUGACAUAACGAAUGUAGUGCAGAAUUAUGUCAAUAGAACUUUGGUUGAUAUAGAUCUACCAUCUCUACAAAGCCAAGAAUACUGGCGGUUCUCCUUCGUCUCUCGGAUCUUGUACCACGUGGAGCAGCUGCUCGGCCAUGUGGGGCGCACGGCGAGCGUGUUCAGCAGGGUCGACUUGGCCGGGGUCAGCAGAGGUCAACUUGCCGCGUUGGUCGACUUCUUGAUGCAGAUCUUAGUGGAAGAUGUUACUAAUGAUGUUAUUUAUAGUAUCCAAGGCCUGGUGAAAGAACUGCACCCUCUGCUACAGAAUACAAGUUUAGAGGCCGACCUGCAAGCACUGAGCACUGGACUGGACGUACUGCGGCAGUUCAAGAACUAUCUUCUUGAGAAACAGAAUCUUAAAUUGGAGGUAUCGCAGCUGUUCGCCCAUCCUGACAUUGUGGAGGUGGGGCUCAGCCGGCUGGGCAUCAACAACACCAACUUCUGGUCCAUCGCCGCACCGCGGGUGCACGCGGGGCAUAUUGACUUGAAACCGAUCCUGUCAACAAAACAGCCAGACGCGCACAUAUCCAGCUUCGUGUGUCAAAUGGACGCGAUGUCCAGGGUGAUUAUACCGUCAAAUCUAGACGUGGUGACGGCAGAUGACGUAUACGCCGCGAUAGUCGAGCAGUUCUGUGGAAUACCCGACCAAGUUGCAAAGCAGGCGGUGGGGGUUCUGAUUGCAAAUCUCAACUUCAGUACUGUGAUGGAAAGGGUAACCAGUACGCUUCUGCCACUCCUGUACUCAGCAGCCAACCUGACGCAGUCGGAAGGGGCGGCAGUUCUGGAGAAGUAUCCACAGAUGGCAGCGCUGUUGCCGAUAGUCCGGGAUAGUGUGGGGGAUCUGGGUGAAACCAUAGCUGAAGAGCCACUCGUGCAGAGCCUCAGGGGCUCCAAUUCUGUUGGAGGACUUUUAGGAUCACCAGAGUUCCUGUCAAACGUGGGUCGCAUGAUGUGUGGGAAGCCCUUCCAGACAGACCAGCCCCGAUUCUACAAAGCCAUCGCCGAGAGCAAAGACUACUCCGAUCAACCGGACCAGGAGCAACUUGAUGUUCUGCCUACGGAUUUCUGUCGCAACCUCUACAAAGACAUCAUCCACAUGAACGGCGGUAAGAUUGUGUGGUCGUUCGUGAAACCGUUGAUCAUGGGGAAGAUCCUUUAUACGCCGAUAAAUCCUACCGUCGAGAGGAUCAUACAAAAGGCAAACUCUACAUUCUCCCACAUGAUAAAACUCACCAGUCUGGUCCAUUCCUUCGCCAAAUCCUUCUCUUCUCUGGACGACCUGUCUCUCCAUCGCGAGGGUAUUGCGGCGCUGCAGAGACUUAUCUCGUCGCCGAGCUUCAGUGACCUGAAGACUAUGAUCAUUGGGGACGGCGAGGUGCCCAAUGUUGAUGUUGACGGACUCUUUGGCGAGUUUGGAGACUUGCAGGGUAUUGGCAGCCUCCUACAGAAAGGCUCGUCCCUGCUGCAGUGCAUCAACCUGAACCGGUUCCGGGCCGUGCCUGAUGAGUACCAGCUCACUCACGAGGCUGUCACGCUCAGCAGGGUCAACGAGUUCUCAGCAGGGCUGGUCUUCCUCAACAGUGACAGAAACAACAACCUGAAGAAUGUAGAAUAUAAAAUACGAAUGGACAUAGAAAACGCACCCACUACAGCUAGAAUGAAGAAUUACCUAUGGAUACCAGGACCGGAAUCCUCAUUCAUCGAGCAUAUGCGUUACUUCCGCGGCUUCAUCCAGAUUCAGGAUCUUGUAGACAGCGCGAUCAUACAGCUAUCUCGCUCUAACAAUACCAGGCAGAAGCGGGAGAUAAAAACGGAAGAUAAGUGGAAUGUCUAUACGCAACAGGAACCUUAUCCGUGCUAUAGGAGGGACUUCUUCCAAACGUCCCUGUACGAGUCCCAGGCGCUGAUGGUGGCAUUCUUCUUCUCGCUGCUGUUCACCGUCGCGUCCACCGUCCGGUUCAUAGUGGCUGAUAAAGAAAGUGGCAACACUAUGCUCAUGUCAGUAAUGGGCGUAGACCUGACCAACCACACUUUGUCGUGGUUCCUGUCGUCGCUUGCAGAAAUGCUGGUGACUAUCGCCUGCAUCACCAUCGUGUUGUACGCUGGUGGGAUCCUCCCACACACCGACCCCACGCUCGUGUUCGCGCUGCUGGUUGUUUUUGGGAUCUCUGUACUUUCUUUUUGCUACAUGAUGUCGAAGCUGUUCAGCUCGGCGAGUCUGGCAGCAGUAUGCUCGGCCAUUGCGUACCUGAUCAGCUUCAUGCCGUUCGUGCUCAUCCUAUCGCUGGAAGCUGUGUUGUCCAGUGCUCUCAAACUUAUUGUGUGCCUGUCAAUGUCAACAUCGAUCUGCUACGCGUUCCUGAACAUAACGCGAGCGGAAGCGCGCGGCGCGGGCGCAGCGUGGAGCGAUGUGUGGCGCGCGGAUGCAGGGGACCUCAGUAUCGGGGCCGCUACAGCCAUGGCGGUGGUGGAUGCUGUAGUCUAUCUGAUUGUGGGGUGGCUGCUUGAUAGGUUCUUUGGCCCCAAAACUCUUCAAAGCAGCAUAACCAACUGCGCGACUUCCGGAGAGAAGGCGGGCGUGAGCAUCGUUAACGUGAGCAAGAUAUACGGAGCAGGAAAAAGGCAGAAGCUAGCCCUGGACAACGUCUCCAUAGAGCUGCACAAAGGACAGGUCACAACCCUUCUUGGGCACAAUGGCGCAGGGAAAACUACGCUUAUCAACAUCCUAACGGGCAUGACGAAACCAAGUCGUGGCCACGUGAUAGUCCGUUCAGAGCAGUCGGCGGGCACGCGUGCUGGAGUGUGUCCACAACGAGACGUGUUGUUUGAUAGCCUGACAGCUGCUGAACAUGUGGCUUUGUAUGCUCAACUGAAGUCUGGACUACCACUUGAGAUGCUCCAGGAUGAAGUUGACAACAUGCUCCAAGUGUUAUCACUCGGACCGGUGGCGCACGAGCCAGUGUGCCGUCUAUCUGGAGGGACGCGGAGGCGGCUGUGUGUAGCGCUGGCCUUUGUUGCGAAGCCUCACCUCGUGUCGCUGGAUGAGCCCACUGCUGGGGUUGACCCUGCUGCUAGGAGGGACAUCUGGUCAAUGAUUGUGAAGCUUCGGGAAGAUCGCACGAUUUUACUGACCACACAUCACUUGGACGAAGCCGAACUACUCAGUGACCAGAUUGUCAUCAUGCAUAAGGGUCAAGUCCACACGACGGGCUCACCGAUAGAGAUAAAGCGUAGUCUAGGCAACGGUUACAAGUUAUCCGUGACGUAUGAGCAGUGCUCGACGUGGGUGGAGCACGACACUUGCAUCGAGGAGAAGAGCAAGCAGCUGCUGGCCGUGGUGCGCGGUGACGUAACCAACGCGGCGCUCGUCGACGUCACCGGCCGGGACGUUGAGAUCACGCUGCCGUUCUUUGAUGCCAACGGACUCAACAAUGACUUCCUGCGUGUCUGCACGACUCUGGAGGAUCGGCAGGAGCAGCUAGGGUUCAGCAGCUACGUGCUGGACUGCAGCAGCCUGGAGCAGGUGUUCUUCAACAUCUGCCACCAGGCUGACGCGCCGCAGCAUAAUGCUAUCGAAUAUGAUCCAGAUCUACCAUCGAAGAGUGCAUCAACGUCGAGUGUGCGCAGUGACCACACGCCGCUGGUGCCGGCGGACGGUCCCCUGAGGGGCACAUCCUGCCAACAGUUCUUUGCCCUGCUACAUUCCAGAUACACACAUUAUCUCAGAAAUAGAUGGCUCCUCUUCCUCCUGAUCGUGCUGCCUUCCCUGUUUGUGGCGACAGCGAUGGGCUUCUCAAUGAUCCGCCCGCCGGCCGACAACGAAGUGUCCUUGAGACUGACUCCCAGCCUAUACCCGGACACUACAGAGUAUCUUGUAUCGCAGCCAUCUAUAUAUUCGGAUAUCGAUCCAGGCUUCGCUCAGCAUAUUCUUGACAGCCUACAGAUAGACAAGCAAUCAAGAACUUGGAAUACAAGGGACACUCCGAACUGCACCUGCACGGCGACGAAGCAAGUGUGCGAGGAUAGCAACCAUCCCAACCUUCCGCAGCUGAUGGUGGUACCCACCGUCAACGAGCUCAACCAGUGGCUUGUAGCUUCACACGAUCAAUAUAUCGAGAAGAGAUAUGGCGGCUUCAGCGCUGCUCUGAAAAACAAUAAGACGCACCUGAUCGCGUGGUACAACAACAAGGGCCAUCAUGCCAUGCCUAUGUACCUGAACGCUCUGAACUCCGCCAUAUUGAGGACUGUGACGGAAGAUACCACUGCCAACAUCACCGUGUACUCCCACCCGCUCAAGAUCUCCACAGAACAGCUUAGCAAGGACACCGUAUACCAGCACAUAGCGGACGCGGGCAUCUCAGCGUUAGUCCUGAUCGCCUACUGCCUAGUGAGCGCCGGCGCAGCCAUAUACCUGGUGGGCGCGCGGACCAGCCAGCAGAAACGUCUGCAGCUGCUGUGCGGAGUGUCACCGGCACUGUACUGGACCGCGGCUCUAGUGGCGGACAUGAUGGUGAUAGUAAUCAACAUGCUCAUCACAAUAAUAGUGUUCGAAGCGUUCGGGUUCCCAGUAUUUGUGGCUAGAAGUAACCUGCCGGCAAUAUGCCUGCUCAUUCUGUUAUAUGGAUACGCAUGCGGCUCGCUGGUGCACGUGUGUGAAAAGCUGUUCACGGAGCCAAGUCUCGCCAACAUGAUCCUGUUCUGCGGGAACUCCUUCGUGGGGCUCGCCGGUAUCACCCUGCUGCUCAUAUUGGACAUCAUAUCGGACUCUGAUGAAACGGACCACGCCCGCUGGGUCCUCCACAAGAUAUUCCUGCUGUGCCCGCAGUUUGUCCUCGCAGACGGCAUGUUGGAGAUUGCCAAGAAUACCAUACAGGCACAGGUACUAAACCGCUUCGGUAUGGACACGUACAAGGACCCUCUGACCACCGAGCUGAUCGCGUACCACUACAUCGCGCUCGCGGCCGUCGGGACUGCGCUGAUGUUGUUCAACCUGGCUAUUGAGUACGACUGCUUUGAAGCUAUACUGGCCAGAUUCCAUUCAGAGUCCAUUGAAGAGAGGUCAGGAGAGAUGGAGGAUUUAGAAGUGGCAGCGGAGAGGAAGCGGGUGCACGUCGCGCUGUACGAGGCAGAGAGACCGGUCCGACUGCCCACUAUUGGGAAUAUUAAUGCUGGUUUCGUAGACACGGAAGUCAAGAACAACUCGAUAAAGCGGUACGUGUCAACAGCGUGCGACGUCGCUCAGUGUGUGGAGCUGAGCAAGAGCUACCCAGCACGAGGGGGGCGAAGAGUGGCCGUCAGGGCACUCACCCUCGGCAUACCGCCCGGACAGUGCACAGCACUACUGGGUCAGAACGGCGCGGGCAAGUCAACGACAUUCUCCAUGUUGACCGGCGAGGUGCGGCCUAGCGCUGGGCAGAUAUACCUCAACGAGAAGCGGAUGACCUCGCGGCAGCUCUGCCAGGGACUCAUCAGUUAUUGUCCACAAAGUGACGCAAUAGACCCGCUCCUCACAGUUAAGGAGACCCUCAAAUUCUACUGCAGACUGCGCGGUAUUGAAGACCAAGAGGAGGUGAUAAAACGAGCAUUGGAGAUGUUCGACCUGACAAAAUACGCCGAUGUGCGCAACGUGACGCUGAGUGGCGGCAACAAGCGCAAGCUGUGCACCGCCAUCGCGUUCAUGGGCCGCACGCCACUCGUACUACUAGAUGAACCCACCAGCGGCAUGGACCCUGGGUCUCGUGUGUGCGUGUCCCGCGGUGUGCAGGUGUCCUGCGCCAGCGGGCGCGGAGUGCUGCUGUCGACGCACGCGCUCGAUGACGCGCGCCGCCUGUGCGCACGAGUGGCGCUUAUGCGUCGCGGAGAGCUGUGCGCUCUCGCGGGCUUGGAGCAAUGCUUGAAGCGGUUCGGCGGCGGCUACGUGGUGUCGUGCCGCAGCCGCGGCGCCGCGCGCGGCGUGUGGCGCGCGGUGCGUGCGCACGCGCCGCACGCCGCGCUGGCCGUGCUGCACCACGCCGCGCUGCACUUCCUCAUACCUCUGCACGCGACGGUGAACGAGAAGGAAGUGACGACGCGGCUGAGCGAUGUGUUUCGUAUGAUGGCGCAACUACAGGCGCUGUGCGACAUCGAAGACUUCACCGUCAACCAGAGCUCAUUAGACCAGAUGUUCCUGAGCUUCACAGAGAAAGGAGAAGAACUGGAACCUACAGAUCUGGAACCUCUCCCGUCAAUAACCAUCGCGGACGUACAGCAGAACCACGACGACCUGAACAGUAUUACCUCCCUUUAACAGAGAUGAUGUAUAACGGGUACUAAUCCUUCAAAUAAGAAGUACUAUGAAUUACUACUGUUUCAGAACUAUCGAGGUAGAUAAGGUCGUGUCAACUUGAAAGAGGAGUUUCCAGGCUACGUUCUCUAAAAUAAAUAUAGAUGGAGCUGUACAGAGGUACCUUCGUUUAAUCUUCUAAUUUCAUGGAUAACAGACAUAAUAUGCAUCUUUUAUCUUUGUUUGUGGGUAUAAAUGAUGACGCUUGUUAUUACACGCAGGCACAACACAUCUUCCACACUUUAUUAUUCUGAUCAAUAUAAAGAGAAGGAAUAUAGCAACAUAAUUCUAUACAUAAUGUGAUUAAAAUGUCAAACAACAAUUAUUU